AUGAGUGAAAGUUGGUCAAAAUUUCAAAGACAAUCAUCUAUGACAGCUUCGCUGAUUGGAAAUCUAUAUGCGCCAUCGAGUGGUAUCCCUAGUGCGAAUCGUAGUCGUCGACCAUCAUGGUCUGAUGCUAAAAAAGUUUGGAAUGUUGGUGAUGAAGAAGAUGAUUAUUCGGAUUCACAUACACAAAUAUUAAAAAAAUUAGACACUUAUUAUCGUAAAAUAAAACGUCAAAUACUUGCAUUUCAAAGUUUAACAACUGGCCUUUUUCCUAAUCAUCUUGAACCUGAUAAAAAAGUUGGACAUGUUGUUGAGAAUGUUUUUUGUGCUAUUGCUGUAUGGUCAUUGCGACAAUGUUAUUGUAAAAUUGAUAAUGAUCAAGGACGAGCACAUGAAUUAGGACAAGCAGCUGUGAAAUGUAUGCGUGGUAUUCUUAAUUGUUGGAUGAGACAAUCGAAAAAAGUCGAAAUAUUUAAAAGUGAACAAUCACCAAAAGAUGCAUUACAUUCAAGAUUUAAUGUUUUUGAUGGUAGUGAAGUUGAAGGUGCAGAUGAAGUUGGUCAGUUACAAAUAUGUGCUAUAUCACUUUAUUUAUUAACACUUGUACAAAUGAUUACAUCGAAUCUUCAAAUUAUUUUCUCUAUGGAUGAAGUAAAUUUUGUUCAACAACUUGUUUUUGCUAUUGAACGUGCUUAUCGUACACCAGAUUAUGGCAUAUGGGCACGAGGAAGUAAAUAUAAUACAAAUACAUGUGAACUUCAUGCAAGUUCAAUCGGCAUGGCAAAAGCUGCACUUGAAGCUAUGAAUGGUUUUAAUCUAUAUGGUGAUAAUGGAGCUAAUUGGUCGGUAGUUUAUGUUGAUGUGGAUGCACAUAAUAGAAAUCGAACUACAUUUGAUACACUUCUACCUCGAGAAUCAGCAUCUAAAAAUACUGAUGCUGCUUUAUUAUUAACAGUCAGUUGGCCAACAUUUGCUAUUCAUGAUUCAACACUUGUACAAAAUACAAUUCGAAAAUGUAUGAGAAAAUUACGAGGAAGACAUGGUUUUAGAAGAUUUUUACGUGAUGGACAAUAUACAGAUUUAGAAUCCAAAGAUCAACGAUUUUAUGAACCAACAGAAAUGAAAAAAUUCGAUAAAAAUGAAUGUGAAUGGCCAACGUUCUUUGCAUUAAUGAUUAUUGAUGGGAUUUUUAAAAAUAAUCAAGCACAAGUCGGCGAAUAUUUAGCUGUAUUAAAUCCUCUAUUACGACGAACAACUGAAGGUGAAAUGAUGGUACAUUAUUAUUAUGUUGAUCAUUCAAAACAACAAAAUAACACUCAAAGUGAUAGUAGUGAUCGUGGCGAUAAUCAUCAAUUACCAUUUUCAAGUAGUGAUGAAAUUCUUCAUGGAAAUUUUUUCCUUUUUGGUCAAGCUAUUUGGAUUAUUUGUCAAUUACUUGUUGAUAAAGUUUUAACAAUUACUGAUCUUGAUCCUAUUCGACGUUAUUUAUCACCGAGUGAUCGACCAAAACCAAAUUUAAGAUAUUCAUCUAUACAAGAUUCAUUACGUUAUCAAUAUACUACAAAUAUACCAAAAUUAAUGACGAAUUCACCAUCUGAUACCGUAGAUAGGAAAAAACAAGCACAAAUAGUUAUUCCUGCAAAUGUUACUUUCUCCGAUUUAGUUAUUCAAGUUGUUGCAAUAUCAGAAUCUGUUCGUUUACAACAAGUAUUAGCAACAUAUGGUAUUCAAACACAAACACCAAAACAAGUUGAACCAAUUUUAAUUUGGCCACCAGCAGAAUUAGUUAAAGCAUAUGCAAAUUUAGGUGCAAAUAAAAAACUUGGUUUUAGUGGACGUCCAGAUCGACCUAUUGGUGUACUUGGUACAUGUAAGGUCUAUAGAAUUUGUUCAAAAACUGUUUUAAGUUAUCCAUUAACAUUUGAAACAAAUGAUUUUUAUGUGUCAAAUGAUAUGGCUUUAUUAUUAGAUAAUAUUCGAAGUGAUUUCGAAUUUAUAACUAAAUGUUGGCGUCUCAAAGGUCGACCAAUAUAUUUGAUGAUGUUACGUGAACAUCAUCUUCGAGGUCCACAAAAAUCGGAUCUUCUUGAAUUAUUAACACAAAUUCGUCAAGGAAAAAUUUCAUCAAAUAUAUUUGUACGAUUAGAACGUCUACAGACUGCAAUAUCAAGUGCUUGUGUUGAACAUCUAGAUUUUUUAAAUGAUUCAAUAUGUACAGCUUUAGAAUGGCAAUCAGUUGCUGUUCAUGAACAUAAAAAUACAUCGGAAGUUGGUCGAUAUAAAUCAUUAACAGAUGUAUCAAAAAUGCCUAUUGUGGUUGAAGAUAUUGAUUAUAAUAAUCAUGAAUUUAAAGAUCGACCUGAUGAUGAAUUAUGUGAAUUUAUUAAUAAUACAGAUACAUCAUUAGGUUCAUUAAGAAAACAUGCAUUAGCUACAUAUGAAUUAUAUAAACGUGGUGGUCUUGAUUGGAUGAUUCGCGAUAAUUAUCGUGUUAGAAAUCAUCUUGAACAUUUAUUAAAAGAAGCAGCAACAUGUCAACAUUGGGCUGUUAUUCGUUUUGUAUCUAGUCUUUUACAUAAAAUCGUCGAUAGUUUAGCUCCAUCAGUAACACUUUUACUUGUACGAGGAAAAGCAGUUACUCUUGGAGUUUUUGGUCAUGAAGAAGCAGUUAUUGAUAAACCAAUACGUCCGAACGAAAUAUUCAAUAUACUCUACAGUGAGAAUGUAUUUGGUCAUAGUAUAUUUCAUGCUGUUCUUUUGCAAGAAUUACUUAUUGAUGUUUCAGUUUUUAUGUCUACAUUUCCGCAACUCUUUAAUGGUAUUCUUAAAUUACGACUCGGAUGGAUUCUUCAAGCAAUGAAACUUAGUUUAGAACAUUUGAAAAGUGAUGUAGAAGAUGCUAUGACAUUAAAUACAUUAUCACCAAAUGAAAUCAAACAAUUACUUUAUUAUGCUUUAACAAGUGAUUUACAACAAGCACCAAUACAAGCGUCUGAUACUGAACAAAAUUCAUCUUUUCAAAAACGUCAAAUGGAUGGAGCAUUAUGUCGUGUUCCAGCUGAUUUUUUUGAACAUGUUUGGUCAAUACUUGAACGAACACCUGGUGGAAUAAAAUUAUGUGGUGCUUUUCUUCCACAACAACCAACAUUAUCUGAUAUGACUGAUUAUGAAUUAAAUUUUUCAUUAAAAAUUGACGAAAUGCUUAGUCGAAUAUCUGAUCCAGCCUAUCGAUGUCUUGUUGUUGAAAUAUUUGAAUUAAUAAAUGUUUUAUUAAAACGUAAUGCUGAAUUACGUUUUACUCAAACACUUGAUGCAGAUUAUUUGAUAAGUGAAGCUGUUAAAUUAUAUCAACAACAAACAAAUUCAACAGAUCCAUUUAAAGAUUUCUAUAGUCUUCCAAUGCAACUUGUGGGUGGGUCAACAGGUUAUAUGGUUCGAGUUAUUAUCAACUAUUUAUUUAAUGCAAAUACGCAAAAAACUGAUAAUAUCAGUUUAAAUGCGGGUACAAAUGCCGAUAUAUGCAAAAUAUCUUGA